GGACACGGAAGAGUUAACACGGGGUCGAGUGAGAGGGGAAUCUUGCCCCUCUGUAUGACAUCACCGCUGGACAAAGCAGCAAGGAGUGGUUUGUGGAAGGAUCCCGUCCCAAAUCAAUGGAACACACUCUUUGAGACAGGAGAAAAGACAUCAUCUUAUUGCCUUAUUUAACGACAAAGACCUCUGAUUUUCCUCAUCGCAGUUAAGUCGCUCAUACUUCCUUUUUGGUAUGCCUAGUUGUGGAUAAAACAAGGAGAGCUGCUGCUUUGGACAGUCACCGUCGCUGGAUGCUUGGCUGUUUCUAACUUUAGCAGUCCUAAUGUUAGUGUGUGAAGCGUACUUCUUCAAAUCAAAUCCAUCACAGAAGACCAUGCUGUCCCUCCUGCUGCCCGCCAUGAUGGCUCUACACACUGUGGCUCUAAUGGAAGUUCAAGUCCCAGAUUUGCCCAUGGUAGCCCUGUGUGGGAGGGACACCAUGCUGAACUGCACCUUCAGCGCAGAGAGCCCCUACAACCUGUCGGACGUGAGUGUGUUCUGGCAGCUGUCAGACACCAAGCGCAGCGUGCACGGCUUCAGUAAUGGGCAGGACCAGCUGGAGGACCAGGCAGUCAGGUUUGCCAACCGCACCUACCUGUCCCCACAGAGGCUCCUCCAGGGGAGCGCCUCCCUGCUGCUCAGAGACGUGGUUGUGGCAGAUGAGGGCGGCUACACCUGCUUUGUCAAGGUGCAGGACUAUGGCAUAGCUGCUUUCUUUCUCCAGGUGGCGGCUCCAUACUCCCAACCAGUGGUGACUUUGGAGCCAAACUUUAACCAUCGACCGGGGGACAAGGUAGCGCUGACCUGUGUGGCCUAUGGUGGAUACCCCCAGGCUAAAGUUGUAUGGCGCAAUGAGGGUGGACACAACUUGACUGAAAAUGUCACAACUUCACAUGUGGCCAAUGAACAGGGGCUAUUCACACUCACCAGCAUUUUGACUGUGGUCCUGGAGCCCAACAGCACCUACAGCUGUCAGCUUAUCAAUCCACUGCUUGGCGAGGAGGGCAAGGCCUUUGUCUCCAUCUCAGGUCAGAGCACGGCGUUCCCUCCAGUGGCUCUGUGGGUGACUGUGGGCCUGGCUGUGUGUCUGCUGGUGCUGCUCGUCGCCCUGGCUGCUGUUUGCCGCCGUAAGAUCAAAGAGAGCUGCGAAGAAGCCAGGAGAGAAGAAGAGGCCAAGGAGCUUGAAGAGGAGGAGUCAAAGACAGCUAUGACCCUACUGAAAAGCUAAACCCCACUCGGAGCAAGAUGCUGGCACCAGGCAGUGGCUAGCAGAUGAGUCUGGCGGGUAAUCCCAAACCACCUAUCUAUCAACCUGGAGACUAUUUCCAGCUUCCCCUACAGAAUGUCAAAGCCUCAGUGAGCAGAAGAUGAGUCCAUCAUUUCUCUCACAGACUUUCCCCUCGAGUUUCCAUCAAAACACAUAAACUCAUCACAUACCAUUAUUUUUCUAUUAUCCUCCCCCCUGUCAAUGGUGAGCCAGCGGCGAGUGAGCGAGUUCACUUCUAUUGUAUGCAGGAUGCAAAGGAGAUCUACACAAUGUGACAAACUGCCUUGGCUCUGAAUGGCCUCUGAUGGGGCUGGUGCCAGAGAUCUUGGCUCUAAUGGGAAGCGAGACACUUAAAAAGAGAUGACCCUGCCUUUGUUGCCAUCACUGUCUCUUUGCCAGAGAGGGAGUCCAGCUCUUCUAUUACUCCUGCACUUGCUAAUUAGCGUCUGUCACUAGAGUAACUUGUACCUGUCAGUGCUCGCUGCUCUCCUAUAUUCACUAACUUGAGGCAAUUGAAAUUGAAUGCCAGCUAAGCUCCAACAAACUGCAAAUGGUGCAUGGGAUACACCCUGAUUUCCACACUGGCCUGACAGCCUCCUAUGUAUGAAAUGGUUUAAAUGAAAGAAUGAUUAUGUAAACUAUCUUUUUGUUGCAGGUGUACAAUCCAGGGUCACACUUUAGUUUGCAGUACUUGUUACAAUGUAACAACAUGUAAUUGCAUGAGUAAGGGUUAAAGCAGCACUGUGUAAUAUUUCUGGUGGUGCCACCUGCAUGACUUCAUAGAGAGUAAUGCCUCACUUACAUCAACUCCGUCACGUUUCCAGUCUGAGAUCUGUACGUCUGCUGUAACAAUUAGAAUAUUUUCAAAUUAAAUAAGAUGGUUUACACCACUGCAUCACGUCUCCAAUCCGUCUGAGUCUAUUUCUGACGGCUGCUGCAGCAGUCGUAAUGAUUCUGUAACAGCUAUUUAUAUCCACACAGAAGAUAAACACAGGAAAACUGUCUGUUUUCAAUGACACUUUAUUGUAUUAAGACAGAACCUUUCACCCUGCACUUGCUCCCUAUUUCAUAUCAGGCGCAAUUCAAAAUAUUACUGAUUGUGUUUAAAUGUACUCUGCACUCUAUGGGUCCUCUUUAUUUGAGGGAGUUAGUGCAGCCUUAUACUCCACCCAGAGCCCUGAGGUCAGCUGACCUGCUCCUGCUGCUGUGCACAAAUCCAGGUUCAAAACCAGAGGUGACUGAGCCUGUUCUGUGGCGGCGCCCAGACUAUGGAACAGUCUCCCUUUGCCUGUCAAAUCCUCUCAGUCUUUAACACAGUUUAAGACUAGACUAAAAACCCAGCUAUUCUCCCUGGCAUUUAAUACUAUCUAGACAGGAUACUAUUAUGUUUUAAUAUACUUUUCCUGUGUAUUACGUUACCUUUAUAUUUGUUUCUUGUUUGUUUCCCUAUGGCAGAUGCACAUGUGAUGUGACGGAGUUGGUCUAAAUGAAGUGUUAAGUUAAAACCAAACCACUAGUGUUUUGUUGUUUUUUUUAUCUUAAGCCAUUCUGUGGAAUAUUCCAAAACAAUAACAUCUCCAUGGAGAAAAGCUGGUGGUGAACCCUUUAACAGAAAAGUUAAGUCUGUGGAGAGAUAAGUGCUCUCACAGCAAGAGUGUAAGUUUUUAAGUGCAAUACAAAACGGCAGUAAUGAAAGAAAUGUCUUUAAAUGUGUCAUUGCGUAUUUUGUCGGGUAGGGCUUUAAGGUUAGGGUUGGAGGGAUUGGGUUACAUGUGUAUUACAUGUUGUUACAUGGUACUAAUGAGGUGGGUACAUUAAAUUAAAAGUAGUGUAAAAUAAAGUGUUACUUAAUCUUUUUUAUAUAGCUCUGUACUGAUGAUGAUUAUUAUGUUGUGUUUUUGGUACUUGAGCUGCCUUAGCCUUCCAUCCAUUUAUGAUUACCAAAGCCAUUUGUGUCAAAUAAAACAGUGCCUAUUUACAUUAAAGAGACAGAGUGAAAGUGCCUGGCCAUUGGUAAUUAUUGGUCCUAUUCCCAGGGCCACUUUGUGUUCACUGAGCUAGAACAAGGUCCAGUUUAUUACAGGCAUUUCUGCCCCACAGGAUUAACUAGGCUGCUCAAAUUCAUCUCUACACUUUCCAUUAGGAAGAAUUUUCCACUGACUAGAGUCAAGACUAUUCUACAUAAUAAGCCAAACACAAAUUAUGGUCUGGGUAACACAAACAUUUCAUUUGCAUGUAGAUCAACAGUGACAUGUUGACACAUUCCCAGUUAGACACAGUCCUAUUUUGAGGCUAAUCCUGCUUUUGUUUGCACAUGCUCAGUCAUCCCAAACAUUUGACUUGUUUUAAAUAAUGGCUUUUCCCUGUG